AAUUUUUAUUAAAUAAUAAAUUAAUCAUUUUUCUGAAUGCGGAAGCGUAUUAAUCAGUUCGUUGAAUUUAAUCGUAUAUGUUAUUUAGUAUUAUUCAAAAAAUACAUUUACUUUUCUUAAUUAAUUACUGUACUUCAUUUUGUACUUAAUUUUUUCUCAAGAUGCAUUUUUAUUUUCUUUAAUUUUUUGAUUUUUUGAUUUUUAAUAGUUGCUGAAACAAUAUUGAGGAUCAAAAAAAUGGUUAUAACUAAACCUAAAAAAAAAUGUGGCAAAAACAUCGAUAGAACUACAGGAUUGUACAAGAUUGCUGCAAAAAUACUUCAAAAAGUGAAGACUGGAAAUAGUUAUAAAACUCUUUUAUAUAAAGCACAGUAUCCAAAUAAAUUAACUCUUAAUGCUGUCCUCAUGAAUGUGUUUAAAUGGGAAAAAGUUAUAGAUGUUUUAAUAGAGAAAAGUAAUAUACUAGAAAAAGAAAGGAAUUUAGAGAAGGAUUUUGCAAGUGUAUUAAUUACUGAAAUGAUGUGGUCAAAAUUUGGUUUAAAAGGCACUGCAAAAAAUAUUCUAGCUGUUAAAAAAUACAAACAUGAGUUUGUUAAUCUUAUGAAAGAAAAUGAUUUAGAAAAAUUAGUAACUUCAAUGCCUCUCAAAACAUGGAAACCUCGAUAUUUUCGCAUCAACACUUUAUUAACCACAUUAGAAGAUGUUUUAAAAAAGUUAACUGUAAAUAAAUUUAAAAAAUUAAAGACACCAUCAAAUUAUAAUGAUUUUUUAGAAUUGUUAAAAUCUAAAAAGUUUACAAAAAACUGUUUUAUGCAAGACAUACAUAUUAAAGAAUUAUUAGUUUUUAAUCCAAAAGUAAAAUUUUACAAGUUAGAAGAGUACAAAAAUGGAAAUCUGAUUGUGCAAGAUAAGGCUAGUUGUUUGGCAGCAACUCUUUUAAAUCCAAUACCUGGAAGUACAGUACUUGAUAUGUGUGCCGCUCCUGGAAUGAAAACAUCUCAUCUUGCUGCAAUUAUGCAUAACAAAGGUACUUUGUAUGCUGUUGAUCGCUGUAAAGAAAGGUUUAUUGUUAUGCAAAAAAUGUUAGAAAAAUAUGGUGUAACUAACGCUGAGACAUUUAAUAUGGAUGCAUUGACAUUCCCCUAUUUUGAUAAUGUAAAAUAUAUAUUAGUGGAUCCAUCAUGUUCAGGAUCUGGUAUUGUUGAUAGAGUUCGAAAUUCUUCUGUGAAAACAGAAAGUAAUGAAAUUAGAUUGAAGAAACUAGCUAAUGUACAUGCUCAAUUGUUAAAUCAUGCAUUUAAAAACUAUCCUAACUUAGAACAACUUGUUUAUUCUACGUGUUCUUCUAAUCCAGAGGAAAAUGAGGCUGUUGUUGAUGAAGUAGUGUCUGUAAAUAAAGAUUUUGAGCUUUUAGAUUGUACUAAAAUGGUAGAAGGGUGGAAAAAUAAAGGCGCUUCAGGUUAUGCAUGUUCCGACAAGUGUUUAAAUGCUGUACCAAAUGCAGAUUUUACUAAUGGAUUUUUCAUUGCUGUUUUUAGACGUAAAGAUUUAGAGAUAAAAGAACAAGGUAUCACAGAUAAAUUACAUUCUAAAAAAUGUGAUUUAAAGGAAUCUUUGUUAAUUAAAGAUUCUAUUAAUGUACUUAAAAAAAGUAAGAAUGCUAAAAAAAAGGAAAAAAGAUCGCAACAAUCAUUGUCAUAUAGUAUUUAAAAAAAAAAUUUAAUGAAGCUUAUAGCACUAUUUAACUGGAAAAUUCUAAAACAAAUGUUCAUAACCUGAAUUUAGCCUCAGUAAACAACAUUGUAGUGAAUGUAAAAUGUCCAAAACUUAAAAAAGUCAAAACUAUACGUAUACAUGCACUAAAAAAAAAGAUCAGUCUAAAAUUUUUAAAUGUUGUUAGUAUUAAAAAAAAAAGAAAAAUACUUAAUAAAAAGAUUUAUGGUUUCUUUAUAUUAAUUUAUAAUAGUAUAACUUUUAUUUAUUGUUAUAACAAUUGUAUUAAAAAUGUAUUAACCAGUAUAAUUUUUUCAUUAGUAAUUUUAUCAGUCCAACUUAUCUUUUCUAUCCUACUGUAGCACCACAUUUUGAAUGCCUAUAUUCUUCUCAUUUUACUCUUGCAAUAGUUAAUGUUUCGCAUCUAUAUAAAAUGAUGCUCCUGAUGUACGUUUUUAGUAUAUUCUUUCUAAUAUUAAGGUCUAUGUUUUUUAAAGUAAGAGGUCUUCUUUUCUUAUUAAAUGCAACUUUAGCUUGGGAAACUUUCUUUAUAAAUUUCAUUUUGCAUCUCCCAUCUGAGCUUAUAGUGCUACCCAAAUAUAUGAAUUACUUAUCGUCUUUUACAAGAAAAAAUCUAAAAAAUGGCUAUUUUUAAAUUUAAAUAAACGGUAGCACAGUGGAGUGGUGGCAUAGUUGGCAAAAGUAAGGAUGAUGUCUGACAGUGAUUAAAAUCACCAUCAUAAGAAA